CAUUCCAGUAAUGAGCGCUUGGUAAAUGUAUCCUUCCCGGAGCUGGGCUCCGUUGACGGCAGCUGAUGUUAAGACAUCAAAACAACUCACAAAGAGCUUCAGACUAACUGUAGGGGGAGGGGGAGGAAGGCACCCUAUCAGUUUGGCUCUCACUUAGCACCCGAGACUCAUUUCCUCUUAGAGUCUUGUCAAUUUCAGUUUCCAGUUUCAUUUUCUCUUUCCUAAAGUCUAUUUAGGCAAAGGGAUCUGGUGAUGCAUUCAUAUAUAGGUCUCUUAACAUUCCACUGAAGCAGAGGAGGAAGAUUUCUGAAGAGCGCAGUAGCCCGAACUGCAGUCUUUCAGCACAGCCGAGAAGCGCGCGGCAAUCAUGAGUGAGACCACAAAGAACUCCUUGGAGCGUAGUCUACAGCAGCUCAAGAGCCAUUUCACCUGGAACUUGGUAGAGGGAGAACAUUCUUUGGAUGAUUUUGAAGACAGAGUGUGUAACGAGACUGAGUUUCAGAACAGCGAAUUCAAAGCCACGAUGUGCAACAUCCAGGCCUACAUAAAGCACCGCAGAGGCCAGCAUGAAGCAGCCCUCGGAUGCUUGCGGCAAGCCGAAGAGUUCAUCCGGCGAGAGCACGCUGACCAGGCAGAGGUCAGAAGCCUGGUCACCUGGGGAAACUACGCCUGGGUUUACUAUCACCUGGGAAGAUUUGCAGAAGCUCAGCUUUAUGUAGACAAAGUAAAACAAGUCUGCCAGAAGUUUUCCAGCCCCUACAGAAUUGAGAGUCCUGAGCUGGACUGUGAGGAAGGGUGGACACGGUUAAAGUGUGGAGGAAACCAAAAUGAAAGGGCCAAGGUGUGUUUUGAGAAGGCUCUGCAGAAGAACCCCAAGAACCCAGAGUUCGCCUCUGGACUGGCCAUCGCGAGCUACCGGCUGGAUAACAAGCCACCAUCUCAGGAUCCCGUUAACCCUUUGAGGGAAGCCAUUCGGCUGAAUCCUGACAACCAGUAUGUCAAAGUCCUCCUGGCCCUGAAACUUCAAAAGAUGAAUAAAAAAGAUGAAGGAGAGAGAUUAGUUGAAGAAGCUUUGGAAAAAGCCCCAUUGGCCACGGAUGUGAUUCGAGGGGCAGCAAAGCUGUAUCGAAGAACAGGUGACUUGGACCAAGCUAUAGAACUCCUGAGAAAGGCUCUACAAUGCAUGCCCAACAACAUCUACCUGCAUUGCCAUAUUGGGUGCUGCUAUAGGGCCAAAGUCCUGGACGUGGAGAAAAUGGGCGGGGAGAGGGAGGAAUUACAGAGACUAAUAAGACACGCUAUAGAUCAUUUAAAGAGAGCUGAUGAGAGUAAUGGAAAUUUCUUCCGUAUCAGCUCCUAUCUCGCCUGCCUCUAUGCACAAGUCGGUCAGUAUGAAGAAGCAGAGUAUUACUUUCAAAAAGAAUUCAGCAAAGAGCUUUCUCCUGUAGCCAAACAAGUGCUCCACCUGCGAUAUGGCAACUUUCAGCUGUUCCAGAGGAAGUGUGAAGACAAGGCCAUCCACCAUUUCAUAGAGGGUGUGAAAAUAAACCAGGGAUCAAAGGAGGGAGAAAAAAUGAGAAACAAACUGCAAAGACUUGCCAAUAUCAAGCUCUCGAAAAACAGAGCGGAUCCUAAGGCUUUGCAUCUCUUGGCGUUCCUUCAGGAACUGAAUGAAGACAUGCAGCCAGCCGCUGAAUACUCUGAGAGGUGUUUGGAUUCUGGAAACCACAUCCCUUCAGCAUCUUUAGCUGAGGAAUGAGGAACUGGAAUGUGGAACCCACAGGGCUACUGCUAGAAGGGAGCUGAAACCCCUCCACCAAAAUAUUUAAAAAUUGGCACAGGCAUGGACUUAGACCCUGGCCACACAGUACUUGAUCAAGGUUAGGGAGGAACUUUGCUGGGCCAGUGUUAACAUCUGAAUUGAGUUCUGGAAGGGGGACUGGACUGGGGGCAGGUCCGGGGCCUCAGUAAAGGGGCUAUUUCCCAACUGACAUCUUGGGAACAGUUGGCAUUCCCUCUGUGGGGUGAUGUCACGGCUAUAUUUCUAUAAAGUACUCAGAUGUCUCAUACCUGUAACACUGUGGUCCCUUUCAGCAAUAUUUUUCCAUCUUUGGAGUCAUUUUAGAUCCUGUACAGGUUGGUCCUGUGAUACAGUCCAGGGCAGGCUUCCCUCAAAGAUGCCAAAAUGGAAUAUUGAUUAUUUUGGAAUGGAAUAUUGAUUAUUUUGAAGUUACUACUUGAGAAAACAGCCAGUGCAAGGAGGAUGCUCUGACCCUCCUCUCAGAGCAGGAAAUAAAUCUCCCAUGAGAAAGGUACCUUCACUAUGCCAGGAGGCAGAGAGGCAUCCUUGUCACUGGCGGUAGGGAACUGAGGGCUGGGAAGGCUACAUAAACCAGCUCUGCUUAGACUCUCCACUGAUUAGUACCCAAGCCCAAGUUUCUUUGCCAUGCCAGUUUCUCAUGAAUUUAUUACUUCUUUGUCAAAAAGGUAUAAGAGCUGCCAGCUUUGGUCACUUCUUAGGCUGUAGACUAGGAGACCUCCAUAUGUAUGAAAUUAACUUAGAUUUUCUCCUGUUAAUUUGUCUUGCAUCGAUUUAAUUAUUAGAUCAGCCAGAAGAACCCUGAAGGGUAAGCAGAAAUUUCUCCUUCCCAAAACCCUGCACAGACACUAAUGUGCUGUGUCCAUCCAAAGGCUGGGGGAUCGAAGCCUAGGGAGGCCUGGGGGUCCUCUCUCCCUUCCUUCUGCCUCGCCUCCCCAGACAAGUCUUAAUCUAGGACUGUUUAUACAAACUCUAUACAACGUGAGUUCAAGCAUCCCUUUAACUGAAGGGAGGAAAGAGGUUUUUGUUUUUCUUUUUUUAAAAAAAAAAGAAAAAAGAGCAGAGAACAGGUCAAAUCUGCAAGGAAUAUAGCUAGAAGAAGUGGGGUCAAGUGACCACAGUACAAGUAUUUCAGGAAGCAGGCAGGGAGGUUUUGCCUCUUCUCUGUCCUCCCUAUAACCACAACACAGCAAGUGAGGGUAAAAAGGUAGAUUCUGUACAAUAUGCUAAAAACCAACAUAAUGCUUUUCUUUACAAUAUCUUGAAUUGGUUUAUAGUGCUCUUCAGGUCUACUAUAUGCUUCUACUUCUCUGUAUAUUCAUUCUUUUUAAUUUUUGAGAAUUUGAUAUUGACACUCCAACUCAAAAAUCUUAAUUUACCUGCUUGAAAAAUAAUUGUAAUAUAUAGUGGAACUAUAUGUAAUCUUGUUCUGUAUUUUCCAAGUCUCCUAUAGAUGUGUUAUAAUCUUUCAUAAUUAAAAAAAUAAAAACGAGAAAAAAUUCUGACUCUUAAAUUUGCCCAUGGAGGUUUGAAUAAAAAGAAAGGGGAAAAAAUGUGUAUGGAAAGCUGUCUUACCAGUCGGGAGAGGGAAAGAGUAGGCGAAAGGGAAGGAGAGAAGAAUGCUGCUUUGUCAUUGUAGAUUAUAAUCAUACGGAGAAAAUUUCUUUGCAACACAAAGACUUGCUUUGAUGAACUCAGUUGCUUUGAUGAGCCCAGAUUCAAAAUGAUAGGAAAGCAGCAGGACAGGGGAAUUGUUUGGUGAUUAAGGACCUAGUACACAUUUCUGGGAAAUGUCAUCAAUAAUGGAGGUUCCUCCCAUUAGAAAUAUUGUGUAUUAGGUGAUAUAAAACUUCAUUUUUAGGGAAACAUGAAAGUCAUGGUAUGCCUGGGGCAGUUGGGAUUUUCUGGGUAAAUACUGAGAGACUAGGGACAGACGUGAAGGUUGGUGUGAACCAAAACAGUCAGGUGACCCAGCAAGAGACCAUCAAUCACCCUCUGGGUUGCAAAACGAUUGCCUGUUGGAAUUAAAUUUAGAUGGUAGUUAUCAGGGGCUGGGAUGUGGGGGAAUAGGAGAGAUGUAAUUUAAAGGCAUAAACUUACAACAAGUAGAUAAAUAAGUCUUGGAGAUUUUAUGCACAGUAUAGUGAAUAUCUUUUGUAUUAAAAAUAGUGUAGUGUCCCCUGAGAUCAUCAGUAUACAUAGUGUGGAUGCCUGA